AUGAUAUGGUUGGGAACUUGUGGUAAAUACCAUGCCGGCAAGCCCAUCUUUCAGGUAGUCUCGUUUGUACCCCAAGCUUCGAUCUCCCUCCUCUGCAAGUCCAUGGGACCUGCCGGUCUCCUCCUCCUCAUACUAGCAACUGCGGCACAAUUGCUCUCCGAGGCGCAGUUUGCCGAGUAUCCCACAGCCAACAUCUCAACACUGUGGGUCAACAACGAAGAUUACAUGUCAAACUUGGGCUUCAAUGAUGGAUCGGUGGUCCGCUCCAUUGUUGUCAGCUCACCACAAACCUUCUUCGGACCCUCCUUUGGCGCAGGUUUCUUCUGUGCCUCCCCCUGCAACGCGUUCCUCUUUGCUGUCUACAUUUUCCACAUCGAUGGUAUUCAUGGUGAGAGUAAGACCGCAAGACCGCACGUGGUAUGGUCUGCCAACCGGGCUCGCCCUGUAAGGGAGGGUGCCACUGUUGAGCUUACCAUUGAUGGGAACUUGGUGCUCCGAGAUGCUGAUGCUAGCCUCGUCUGGUCUAGCGGCAGCUCGGGCCGGUCAGUAGCAGGCAUGGUGAUCACCAAGGACAGCAAUCUGGUGCUAUUUGAUCACAGUAAUGGAACUGUAUGGCAGUCUUUUGAUCAUCCUAGUGACGUGUUGCUCCCUGGGCAGUCACUACUGGAAGGUACGAGGUUUGUAGCCACAAAUUGGACAGAGAAUCAAUUCUACAUGACAGUUCUUCCCAGAGGAUUGUAUGGUUAUGUUGAAUCCACACCACCACAACUCUACUAUGCAUAUUCAGUAUGGGUGAGCGAGAAUGACACAGGAAAUGGUCCAACAAAGGUUAACUUUGUCAAUGGCAGCCUCAGCCUCCUUGUGCAGUCUAGGCAGCCAAGCAACCCACAUAUGUCUAAUAUCUCACUGCCAGCAGCUAAAUCCACCCAGUACAUGAGGCUUGAGUCUGAUGGGCACCUUAGGCUGUAUGAAUGGUCUCAGGCGGAAGCGACAUGCACUUUGUUGUCUGACGUAACCAAGAUAGAAAGAUUGCCUGAUGAUUGUGCAUUCCCAACAGUGUGCGGAGAGUAUGGCAUAUGCACAGCUGGGCAGUGCACGUGUCCAUUUGAGGACAACUCAAGUUCAACAAAUUACUUCAAGCUGGUGAACGGCCGCAAGGCAAAUCUUGGCUGCGCACCAUUGAAUCCAAUCUCUUGCCAAGAAAUGCAACACCACCAGCUCUUGACCCUUACCAAUGUUUCUUACUUUGAUGAAAGCCACACCAUUGAGAAUGCAACGAAUGGCGACAGUUGUAAGCAGGCUUGCUUGAAGAACUGCUCCUGCAGGGCCGUCAUCUUCAGAUAUGGCCUCAAUGAUUCCAAGGGCGAUUGUCUGUGGGUGACAAAGGUCUUCUCCUUGCAAUCAAUACAACCUGAAACGGCUUCUUUCAAUUCGUCUGCUUACCUCAAGGUGCAAUCUAGCCCCUCUUCUGCUGCAAACAAAAAGGAGGGGAAAGUAUGA